UGCACCUUGUGUUCUAUUUAGGAUUUGUACCAUAAGUUACCAAUUCCUCGCUUACUUAUCGGUAAUAUUGGCUUUUGGGUCAGUUCGAACGGCGAAAAGCUUUUAGAAGGGAUUUUUGAGCAAUAUCCGGCCCUUGCCGAUGAAAGAUGGAUUCUUUCAAUCCGAUCCUCGAAAAGUAUACGAAGGUGAAGUGAGAAAAACGCAAUGCUCUCACUUUUUCAAAGGCCGAUGCCGUUACGAUUUGUACUGUCAAGCUUCACACUACACUCAAAAACAAUUAGAUCAGUUGAGACAAAUAGGUGAAAACUUAAUCAAAGAAAAACAACCAGCUGCAGCAACCAAACAAUUUAAUAGCAGCGAAGAGAAGAAACCUCAGUCCAGAAAACGGAAGAGAACCAAGGCUAAGGACUUGCCGCCCUCCUUGCGACCAAUACAACUUAACAAAUUAGCUAAUUUAAUAGAUAAAAACAAUACAUGGGGAUAGUUUGCAUUCAAAUUA